AUGAGUUUAAUAGACGAUGACACUACUUUCAUAGACUCAACUCAACCUAUUCAGCCUGUACAAGUUUCUUUAUCCGACGCUGCUAAAAGUCGAUCGGGGAGACUUAUUCCACCAGACGUUCUCCUCAGGAUAUUUAAGUAUUUGCCUGUGGCUUCCUUGACUAAAAUAGCACUUGUGUCAAGAAGGUUUAAAGUAUUGGCUUACGAUGAUGAAAUAUGGGACGAAAAAUUGAAUAUUAUGCUAAAAAACGAUACAGGUGCACUUGCAGCCAUGUUAGAUGGUGAAAGCACAAAAGGAUCCUUGAUUGAUUCAGAAAAUACAAUUUAUAUUAAUAGCAAACCCCUUAAUACUUUGAUACCCGGCAUGUCUACCGACCCUUACCAGGCUCGAGCAAGAGCUAAAUCCACUGGUCUCUCCAGAGAGUAUUUUAAGCAGUUAUAUACACAGUUGAUGCCAUAUUAUAUCGAUUUAAGAGAUGGAAAUAAAGAGUCAACAAAAGUAUUACAUGAUUUCGGUGGAAAUCCGGAAGAAUGUGGUAAAGUAAUCAACUUAUUGGUUGGUUUAGGACAAUGUCAUGUUGUAGACGAUUGGGAAAAGAUAAAUGAAGGUGUAAAUGCACUCUCCCAAUAUUUUGAAAGUGCUUCCCUUCACGAAUUUGAGGUUGCUUAUGAUGCUCAUAAUACAGAAGAAAUGAAAUCUUAUGCAAGUGCUCUUAUUGCUUUAAAUGGUGGCUCAACUUGUAUGCAAACAUAUGUACAAAAACAUCCCAUCUUUUAUGACAAUCCUUUUAAACCUGAAGAUAACUUUGCGAUAUCAAACGACGAUUUAACGCCCUUCAAGAAAUUCAUGAUGCUUGUGGCUGAUGAACUCAGUCAACAAUCUUCUAUUGUAUUACAAGUAUUUCCAGAGAAAAUGGACGCAUUUUAUAUGUUUGUUGACCGUGUGUUUGAAGAUGUGAUUGCAGAAUUCGUUUCUCAGCUACUAGGCAUUGCCAUGCAAACAAAUGCACAUCUAUAUCUUCGCACCAUGUCUGCCGUCUUAACUGCAACAGAGAAAGUAAUCAAAGUAUUAACAAGUGAAGAUUUACCAAAACCUAUUGAGCGUGAUCGGGGAGUUAACUUAUUGUUCAAACUCUUUUUACCAUUUUUGGAUGAUUAUUUAUAUGAAGAAGCCCAAUAUGCAGAAAAGAUUACUAAAAAAUACAUUGAAGAAUGGAGUAAUCGCUCAGCAUUUAAUACAGACAUCUCAGCACGUCUCACAAACCAGUCUCGUGAGACAUUCAAAAGAAAUUAUUUGACUGCAUUUAAAAAAGUAUUGACUUUACCUGUCGAUCUUGUCUCUACAGCUGCAACUACAAUUGCUUCUCCAUUUCAAAGAGCAAGUAUUAUUUCAGGAGCAAGCAAAUCAUCGGGAGACAAACGUAGUUCAAUCACAUCUGUAGAAUCUAUAUCCACAUCACAAACAACACCUCCUUCUACACCGAAAGCUACAUCCAUGAAUAGAAUCUCCUCUUCAUCUACUAUUUCUACAGAGCAGCCCAGGUCUUCUUUUAGUAGAGAUGUUACUGGACAACUUGAAUUUGCACGUCAAGAGUUGGAUAUGCUUCAGAAUUAUUUGUCGCUCGAGACAUCUUUACAAAUCAUCCAUAUCAAUAAGGAAUCUGAAGGACGCGUACAACAAUUCAUUGAUAUUGGAUUUCCUGGUAGAAUGAAAUCAGACAUUCAGAGGACAUAUGAACAAAUCUUUAUUCAACUAUUAAAGACACUUGGAAGUACACAUAUUCAACCUGGAUUUAAAAGUGCUUCAGAUCGAUUAUCAUCUUUUAAACCUAGCUUGGAUCAGAUGAAUGAGGAUGUACCACCUUUGACUGCCUUUUUCGAACUUGUUCAUGUAGCUGAUGUUAUCCAACAAAUGAUUCAACUCUAUUACGAUGAAGAAAUUACAAAAAAUGUAGACAAACAUGACUUUAUGAAUGAAGUAAACAAGGAGAAGAAAUCAUUUGAAAGAUUGUUGGAUGAUUGUGUGGCACAAGGAAUGGAUCGAGGCAUUCAAGUGUUAUUAUCGCAGGUAGAAUUUAUUCUUGUCAACGAGCAAAAGAAAGAAGACUACAACCCUCCUGCUGGUUCAAUGCCUGACCUUAAACCUACAAAGGCAUGUCAAGACACCAUCAACUGUUUAAAGACAAAUACAUCCAUGCUGGUAGGAGCAGCAGAAAAAGGUACGAUGGAUUUAUUCUUUAGUGAAAUUGGUCGACGAUUCUUUGAAAUUCUCUGUAAACACUUGAAGAUGCAGACUGUGAAUGAAAUGGGAGGAUUCCGGUACAUCAGUGACAUGAACGCUUAUUAUGAUUUCAUAUUGACACUUCGACAAAAAACGAUUACACCAUACUUUUUAGCUCUAAAAUCACUAGCAAAUCUGUAUAUCAUUGAGUCAGCAACAGAUAUCAAAUCUCUCAUUCAUGAUUUGGAGCGAUACCAUGGGUUAAUGAGAGUAGAAGAUCUAUUCGAAUUUGCUGCAUGUCGAAGUGAUUGGCCAGCAAUCAAGCGUGUUGUUCAAAAGGACAUGACAGACUGUUGUAUUAUGUAA